UCUCCCUUAUACUAGUUUCAGGCGUUAUCUAUCAAUUGCUAAUAUUGGCUGUUGAAAGCAAAAGUUAAAUCCCUAAUUUGGGGAGAAAAACCCUAAUUUGGUGAUUACCGUAAAUUAUAAGCUUGGUUUGUUUCGUCUCAAAACUCUGAGAGUUGAUACACAGAGACAUUCUUCUCCAUCAUUCGAUCGAUCAAAUGUCGCUUUUAAGGUUCAGGUUUGGUUCUUCUUCUUCUUCUUCUUCUUCUUCUUCUUCUUCUUCUUCUAUUCCCACUUUUAUUAUUCCCUUGUUCUCAAGGCGAUUAUACUCUCACUCUACAUUCAUUCCCAAUCAUGAUAUUGCGGUUAAAAAUGCUGCUUCCUCAUUCCAUUACAUGCUCUGUAAGAAUCCUACCCCAUCCAUUGUUCGAUUUAACAGGAUUUUAACUUCCCUUGUUAAGACUAAAAACCAUUACACCACUGCUAUUUCCCUUUAUCGUCAAAUGGAAUUCAAGGGGAUUACCCCUAACUUAAUUACUUUUAAUAUAUUGAUAAACUGUUAUUGUCACCUAACUCAUCAAAUUACUUUUUCCUUUUCUGUAUUGGGAAAGAUUCUCAAGUUGGGUUAUCACCCAGAUACUAUAACCUUCACCACUCUUAUUAAAGGUCUAUGUCUUAGUGGCCAUGUUCAGAAAGCAUUGCACUUUCAUUACCAUCUUCUGGCAAACGGAUUUCAGUUGAAUCAUGUUAGUUAUGGGACUUUGAUUAAUGGCUUGUGUAAAACCGGGGAAACUAGAGCCGCCCUGCAAAUGUUGAGACAAAUUGAAGGGAAAUUGCUCAACACCGACGUCGUAAUGCAUAACAUAAUCAUUGAUAGUUUGUGUAGAGAUAAAUUUGUAACCAUGCUUAUGACUUAUAUUCUGAAAUGACCGCAAAGGGAAUUUCUCCUAAUAUUGUCACUUUCAAUUCUCUAAUCAAUGGAUUUUGUAUUGUUGGUCAACUGAAAGAAGCAUUUGCUUUGUUUGAUGAAAUGGUAUUAAAAAACAUCACCCCAGAUGU